CAUGUGAGAUAGAACAUGGUGCUAUUUUGUAUUCUAUUUAAAUGUAAACAUGUGUCAUUUCAGAAUAAGAAAGCUUUGUAUGCUCUGACCUGUGAGACAUUAAGGUACCGUAAACCUGUGUUAGAAAUAGCAGCAGAAUGUGGUGUGUUAAAGGACAAGAGACUGAGAAAUGAUGAUAACCUUGUAGCAGUUCUCAUGUACGAGCAUUUACUGGGAAAGGGUGUUUCUGGAAAAUACAAGGUCAUGCUUCAUAAGUAUAAAAAUGCCAUACACAGCAGGUGUGAGAGGAUAAAAAUAGAACAAGGAGUGACAGAUCUGAAGCAAGCACUGCAGAAACUGCUGCCAUCUCAUGUAGCAGAUAAACCACUACCAAAGUAUGUAAGGAUCAACACAAUACUGGGCAGAAAAGAAUAUGUGAUGAGAGAACUACAAAAACAAUUUGAGUUGAGAGAACAUUCAAGGUCGGUCAGCAUGACAGAAUGUGACAGCGGAGACUGGUUUAUAGAGGAUGAACAUAUACCUAACGUGUUGAUGUUUCCCUCUUCUACACAGCUUCAUAAUCAUCCAUUGUACUUGUCUGGUAAAGUUAUUAUCCAGGACAAGGUAAACUAUGCAGAAACAGCGUGUUAA